AUGGCCCGUAGACUCACUCAGGACGGGCUGCGCCAGCUCCGGGAGCAGGGCCUCCGCAUCUUCUGCGCCGAGGACCACUUCGCGGAGCCGGUGGAGGCCUGCGAGCCGGGGGACAGGAAUUGGGCGCUGGUGGUGGGCCACGAGGACCAGGGUGUGUCUGCUGAUUGUGUGGCCUUGAGCGACGCGAGGAUUUGUGUGCCGCGGCGUGAAGACCGUCACCACUUUGUGGCACUUGUAGGUCCCACACAAAUCACUUUGUGGAGAAAGGCGAGCCCUACAUGA